AUGAAGCGAUAUAAGGAUGACAGAUGGGGUGCGAAGAGAAGAGACGCGUGCCAGACUCUUCUGAAAAGGCUGAUCGAGCUGGCGCCGCAAUUUCGCGACUACUUCGGCAUUCCGUCAACUGCUAGCGAUAUAGAGGGUCUACGGCAAUGUAGACAGUUCAUAAUUCAAGCUGCUCGGAUAGAGAACUUUCUUGACAACGCCACAUCUAUGCUCGGAAUCUGCCCUAUUCAGCAUGUCUUGUCGAUGGCACAUCGUAUUGGCCAGAUUCAUUUCCACAGGGGUGUCAAUUUCGAUGCAGUCAACUGGUUGACGUUUGAGAAAACGGUCGUGAAUGAGAUCACGAAAGAUAUUGCCCAGAAAGACUAUGUAGUAUUCCUCACCGACAGCCGCAAAACAGAAGUUCUUUCGCGUGAAGAAGUUGGUAUUCCAUUUAUUAUAGAGGGCCUUUCAAAAUUGGCGCAGAAUGGUUCAACGCCAGCUACAGCUGUUUUAGCCUGGGAGAAGUUCAUGAGAGUUAUAGUGCGAGAGAUGAAGAAAGGUUUUCUGGAUGAAGCGCUACGGAACUGUCGGGAAGAAGAAUCCAGUGAAUGA